AUGAAUUCGUGGCCCGUCGGCGCGCUGCGCGGCAUUGCCACCAUCGCGGUGCACAACACCGGCUCAGCACUCACUCCCCAUGUAGGUGGCAACGAUGUGCCAACCCGAGUCGAUCUCUUGGGUUUCAAACACCUACCCUGCAGCUGGCCAAGCUGCAAACGACACGCGGCGAUCGCGGCGGCGACCCAAGCACUGCGCUGUGCUACAUUUGGCAUCUUAUCGUCUGACUUGAUACGGGCUGAACGGUGCCGCAACAAACCAAUUGGACAACCACCAGGUAGUAUUUGCCGGAACUGUACACGCAUAAUACCAAGAAGUUGA